AUGUCGUCAAGCGGUUCGAGUUCUUCCCAAAGUCCGCCCAAUAUGGCUUCAAUAAGUGAUGUUAGUGCUUUAUUCCAGACAGCGAAGAAGUAUGAAGAGUUAAAUGUCAUAGGAACAGGUGCAUAUGGAACGGUAUACAAGGCACGGGAUCUUCACAAUAGCGGUCAAAUAGUUGCAAUGAAAAAGGUUAAAGUAGCACUGACAGAGGAUGGCAUACCAUUAUCAACUCUGAGAGAAAUAGCUCUGCUUCGACAGCUUGAAGCAUACAGACAUCCUAAUAUCGUGAGACUUCUGGACGUCUGUCAUGGAGGCCAGUCCUUGGAACGAGACCACCAGCUGGUACUAUUUCUGGUAUUUGAACACGUAGAGCAAGACCUGGAUUCCUAUCUCAAGAGAGCACCUGGACCAUUGUCGGAGAAUAGAAUUAGAAACAUGUCCUACGACAUCCUGUCCGGCGUGGACUUCUUACACUCGCACAGAAUAGUCCACAGAGAUCUAAAGCCACACAACUUGCUGGUAACCUCAUCUGGGAGAGUCAAGCUCGCUGACUUUGGACUUGCCAAGACCUAUGACACUGAGAUGAAGCUUACUAGCGUGGUGGUAACCCUAUGGUACCGACCCCCCGAAGUCCUCCUGGGCGUCCCGUACAACACGGCGGUGGACGUGUGGUCCAGUGGCUGCGUGCUCGCACAACUGCACUCGCGGACACCACUACUGCAGGGCGGGUGUGACUCCGAGCAACUGCACUGUAUUUUCCGGUUGAUCGGUCGGCCUCCACGCCACGAAUGGCCAGAGAACGUGUCGAUAGUGGCAGAUAGCUUCCCCGACUACCCUCCACAGGACCUCGCUGAUGUACUGCCCAGGAUACACCCACAAGCCUUGGACUUGAUUAAGGGUAUGUUAGUCUUCGACCCCGCGAAACGCCUCACAGCGCUGGACUGCCUCGAACACCCCUACUUCACAGAAGAACCGCUGACAUAA